UACUAAUCGACCGAUUUUGCUGCUCGGAUUCGAUUGACGGUGUGCUAUUCGACGACGGGUCUUAUUUUUUUUCGUGUGUGUUCUGUUUAAAGGAUGUCGUGGGUUAUUGCAUGGAAAAACUCGAGUACGCCCCAUCGGUGGCUGACAAUGCAGGCUACACGCCGUUGCACGAAGCGUGUUCGCAGGGCCAUUAUCACAUCGCCAAGUUGUUGCUUCUGUUCGGGGCAGAUGUCAGCGCCAGCGCUCAAGGAGGCAUACGGCCCCUACACGAAGCUGUAGAAAACGGCGACGUGCACCUGGUGCGUCUGUUACUCAGUUAUGGAGCCGAUCCGCAUUUGGCCACGUACUCGGGACAAUCACCACUGUCUUUAGCCACAGACAUGCAGACCAGAAUGCUACUGGAACAUCAUGUCAACGACGUUCAAGGAUACGGCAGCGCGUCCGUGUGGAAUUUCGAUGACUCCACACUGACCCGUGAACCCGAGGACGUAGACCGGCUGCUGUGGAGUCUGCCGCCUGCCCCAUCGCCGGCGCCGACCGAUGACGGCCCGUCGUUCGAGUUCGAGUUCGCCGACCAAUCGCUACCGGACGUUUACAAGCUGCCCUCCGACGGAGGUGCUGACGACCGCAAGGCCGCCGGCGUCGACGACGACGAUUGGGUGCUGUUCGCUGACGUGUCGACGGCGCUGUCUGUAAAGACGGCCGAAGCACUCGCCAAACUGUUGGACGACGAGAACGCCGUGACGGCCGUGCCGGCGGACCGGUUCAAAGAGCGCGCGGUGCUCCGGAAAUCGUUGGGCCGACAACCAGUCGCAGUUCCGGUCACCGGCGCAGCCAACAAGUCCAGUGCCGCCGAACGUCCGUCCAAAGACAAAGACGACGACUCUGUAGACACGAAGGAAGCCUCUUCCACCACGUCGUCCACAUCAGCCUCCACCCCCAUAUCCACUUCCUCCACGACCACAGUCUCCACCGCCGCCGCUACUAUUACUACUACCUCCGCCGACUCCUCCUUCUCUUCAUCGACAUCCGGUGGCGAACAAAUACUCAUGGUCCGUUACGACCGCAAACUCAAACAGCUGUUGGGCGUGGACGUGUACACAGUGAGUUGACGUCGUCGUCAUUGUCGUCGUCAGCAUCAUAAUCAUCAGUAGGCGGCCGUGCGCACACAGGACGAGUUACCGUGUUAUGUUGUUGUUUUUAUUAUUAUUUUUUUUUUUACUACUAAAUUUAGGAAUUGCCAUUUGACAUAUUUCUCAACUUUAUGUUCAAGCAACAUUUCUUUUUGUACUUAAAUAAGUUACCCAAAUGUUUUUUUUUAUUUCUUAUGAUGCAUAUUGAACAAUUUAAAAAAAGGUUGACAAUUUAUGUUUUGGUUGGUUAGUUUUUAAAAUUGGACACAUUAUCCGAACCAUCGGACGUGUUUAGUAUUAUUUAAAAAGUUUUCAUUAUGUUAUUUUAAAUGAUUUUGGUAUACCUCUUUGUUAAUGUUCACAUUAAGUUUUUAAUUAAUGUUUAAUAUUAU